UUACAUGAAGAAACCUCUAGGUCCACCACCUCCAUCUUAUACCUGUUUCCGUUGUGGUAAACCUGGACAUUAUAUAAAGAAUUGCCCAACAAAUGGGGAUAAGAACUUUGAAUCUGGUCCUAGGAUUAAAAAGAGCACUGGAAUUCCUAGAAGUUUUAUGAUGGAAGUGAAAGAUCCUAACAUGAAAGGUGCAAUGCUUACCAACACUGGAAAAUAUGCGAUACCAACUAUAGAUGCAGAAGCAUAUGCAAUUGGGAAGAAAGAAAAACCUCCCUUCUUACCAGAGGAACCAUCUUCUUCCUCAGAAGAAGAUGAUCCUAUCCCAGAUGAAUUGUUAUGUCUCAUCUGCAAAGAUAUUAUGACUGAUGCCGUUGUCAUUCCCUGCUGUGGAAAUAGUUAUUGUGAUGAAUGUAAGAAAUGCUGAACAUUGGAAGAUGUGUAUUUUAGAAUAUUUAUAUUUACUUGGAAAGGCUAUUACCAACAUUGUGUGUUUUAAUAAUAAAAUAUGAAGUGUU